AAAGAGAGAGAAAGAGAGAGACGCAUUAAGAUCGCGAUUUCAAUGCGCUACUCCGUAACUCUCUGACGUUCCACAUCGAGCAACCUUUCCUAUUCUCUCUCUUUUCCAGUGUACGGAGGCGUGUUCGUUAUCCCCACUAGUUUGUCCUUCCACCCUUUCCUCGUUGCUUGGUGUCCCCUCCUAUCUUGCCCGGCGACAAGCAUUCCAGGAACCAUGGACUCUACAUCGCUUUUCUCUUUCGUUCUUGUUCCUAUGAAGCGCCUGACGAAGGUUUAAAGCACUCUUCCUCUUCUUUCCUUCUUCGCCUCGCAGCUUCUCUCACUCCUCAUCAUCGUCGAUGUGACGUCGUCGUCAUCGCCGCCGUCGUCGUGAUCGUCGUUGCCGUCGUCGUGUCGUUGUCAGAACGCUCUUCUCCCCAGCAACGAGACUUUUCCUCUCCUCUCUCUCUCUCUCUCUCUUUCUUUCUUUCUCUAUUACCCCUAUAUUUCUCCUUCUUUCGACUGACGUACACGUAUCCCACUCUGUAUUUCUCACAUAGCCGGUGAACGACGAGGUGUUAGUCACUUCAAGGACGUUGCUGUAAUUGGGAUAGGUCGGAUAGACGCGUCGGUUGGGGAGGAGAGAGGGUUGCACUGGUGGAGAGAGGAUUUCGAGUAUCGAGCAACAUGGAGGAAGGUGCGGUGGUUCUCCGAUAGUGCUCUCAGCGAUAGGCUAGAGGAGUGAGCGGUACGACAGCAGCGCCACAGGAGGAGAAGGAUCGUCGUAUUAGUCUCUUUCUGUUUGUCCCUCUUUCUCUCUCUCUCUCUCUCUCUCUCUCUCUCUCUCUCUCUCUCUCUCUAUUUCUUUCUUUUCUUCCUUUCUCUCUUUCUCUCUCUCUCUCUCUCUCUCUCUCUCUCUCUCUCUCUCUAACUCCUAUCCUCUUAUGUCCCGCUUUCUUCUCUACACCCGCACGCACUUGCUUUUUCGUUCUCGCCUUUGUUCGAUGCGAAGCAUAUCCGCCACAACCGCUACCGCCACCGCCACCGUUGCCACCCCCGUCACAACCACCACCGUCGCCACGUACAGGAACAAACCACAGGACAUUUUAUUAGAGGUUCGAAACAGUUCAAGAAGAUACAAGUGUUUAUCUAAGAAAAGAUCUUUUGGAGGAGGAUGCUUGGCAGUUGGGGUUGGGAAGAAGUAUUGGAGUUGGGAGAGGGAACAACACCCCUGUUACAAAACUGUCAGAGAAGAGAAAGUCCAGAUUCGACACAUCCUGUUCCAGAUAGUCGGGUGCUGAGGUAUGCUCCCAGCCGAUGUCACCCCCCCGCCAGCGUCAAUUCAUCACAGUACAGCUUGCAGCCUCCUCUCGACUGUACAGACUAGCAGCGUGAGGUGGCAAAAAUGCUGACUGCUCAUUCUGAGAUGCAUGAAAAACGAGGUCCCUUAGGAGGUGGACAAUAUGGAGCAGGCGGGGGUGGUGGCACUUCGAUUGAAGAGAAAUGUAUUCAAGAACAACCACCCCCGCCUCCUGCUCCUCCACAAAGGGAUCCAUCAGAUCCAACAAUUAGCGCUAAAAAACUUCCAAAGAAACGAAAAUUUGAUCCAUCGGAACUCGAAGAAAUGGAUAAAUGUAGUAAUGUAACAAGCAACGUUAAUAAUAUGAUAAAUACGCGUGCACCAAACGUAUCUAUUGCUUGUUUAGUUCAACAUUCAAGUUUGGCUAAUCGACAGUCUCCGCAACAACAAGAAGCAGACUGUUACCAAGUGUCAACACCAUCGGUGGUAGUUUUACCUCCUCAGAGUACAGCUGUAGAUUAUUCUUUAAGAGAAGAACCUAUGCGUGCUCGUCCUCGACCUGCUACGGUUGCUAUUGAUCUCAGUGAGUGGCGUGACCACAGAGUGUUAGCUUUAAGGGAUUCAUGUUAUUAUCCAGGUGUUAUUCGUAAUGUGAUUCAUGGAGAGAUUCUCAUAGAAUUUGAUGGAGAAAGGAAGUUAGUGCGUUAUAGUGAUGUUUUAGGUGCAGGAAGGUAUGAUGUGAUAGGGGAUGCUAGCCCCUCUUUAGGGCAAGUGACUUUAGAUGCAAAAGUUUGCAUUAGAUGUCCAACAGCAAAUAGUCACAUAGACGCAUUAACUAAAGUGUUUGUGAAAGGGACAGUGUGCAAGAUAUUAACAAAGCCUAAUCGUUUUGUUGUUAAAAUACCAAGAGAAGACGAUCAGAGUGAUAGUUAUGUAGUGAAACGUGCAGACCUGCGUUUGGUGCAACCUCCUUGGUGGGAUGAAUUAGAAGAAGGACUGGAAGAUAUUGACUCUAACAGAGUUGAAGCAGUUGAUCAUGGAUAUAGAAAUUCUGUGGAAGCUUCAACAGCAGUGUCAAUUUUACAAAUCCAUCAUACUCCUCACCAUGCAUCUCAUAUAUCUACGCAUAAUGACACAACUGGUUAUUAUAGAACAACUGGUACUAGUCCUCUUAUGACAUUAGGGACUCUUGCACAUUCUGCUAGUACAGCAUUAAGUAACGGAAGCCGACCAUAUGACGAACUAGAAAGUGAAGAUGACUUGGAUAGAGAAAAUAUUACAUUUCCUUCAGAUGCAGAUGCAAAAUUAUCAGGAAGUAGUAAACGAAGCAGUAUGCAGAGCAGAGGAAGUACCAGCAGUUUAGUUGAGCAACGCAGUAUAACACCGCGUUCUCAGGCAGCCACACCCAGAUCUCAGGCGGCUACGCCACAUAAGUAUAAAAAGGGUGAUGUAGUGUCUAUGCCCAACGGAAUUAUGAAAAAAUUCAAUGGGAAACAGUGGCGUAGACUUUGUGGUAAAGAAGGAUGUUUAAAAGAAAGUCAAAGGAGAGGAUUCUGUUCCCGACAUCUCAAUCUGAAAGGAUCUUGCCUUAGAGGCCCGACAAAUGCGUUUCCUGGUGGAAAAAUUGAUGGAGAAGAAACAUCAAGAGGUUCUGAUACUUCUCCAAACUAUGGAGAUAGAAGAAUCGCAGGACGCUUUGAUCAAGAUGAGACUGAAGCUGCUAACAUGCUUGUAUCUUUAGGAAGCUCUAGAUCAGCUACACCAGCCUUUUCAUCGCCAACAGGUCAAUCUUCCAUAUCACCGUGUAUAAAUCAGUCUCCAGUACCACCGUUAGGCCUUAACCAAAAUAAUGUAUUUAUGCCUAUUUCGAGUCCUGCACAUCAUGCAGCCCCCUUAAUCUCGCCUAGCGCAAAAUGGAAGCAUUCUCCUACGCAGUCAAAUUUUUUGGUUCAAUAUCAGCAGCAAGUAAUUAAACCUGAACCAAAUCGAAUGGUUAGACCAAGUCGACCAGCUCCUACUGCUCCUGUUCCAGCAAGUAUAGGGACAAGUGUAAUAAGAAUCUCUCCAGUGAGUCGUGGAAUGCCUGGACAAAAUUUAACUUUGUCGUGGUCAGAACAAAGUCCACCACCAAGACAUCCAUCAGUCGUAACGUCUAUAGCUCAACAACAACAAGGAAUUAUAUUGCAGCAUGCAUUGACAUCAAGCAACAAUUUUCCUAAUCAUUCUGAAGUUCCUGAACAGAAUACACAACUUCUAAAACCAUCGCACUCACCUCAUAUGUCUUUAUCUGCUCCGCCACCGCAAAAUUUGACUCUUCUACAUAAGCCACAAGAACAACCAGUUGAUUAUGCACAGACAGCACAGCCACAAAAUCAGCCAAUUUAUGUGAUGCAACAUCAGCACGAAAAGAAGUACCUUGUUAUCAAAAAUAAUAUAGAUAUCUCUACGGCAGGACAUAUAGGUAUUCAAGAUGAUAAAUAUAGACAAGGUUUAAUGAAUCAUUUGGCACAGCUUCCAGCAUCGUUACAUCAAAAUCAAUGUCAAUCAUCUCAGACUCCUGCUGUGUCCGUCCAUAUCGAUAAACUCUCUGUUUUACAACAAACUAAUAAGAUUGGGAUACAUACAUCCGCACAUAUGGAUGUACAAAGGAAUUCAGCACCAUCCACGAACGUUGUAAUGUCAGCCGCAACAGAAGUUACUAAUCCAUCAACUCCUACCAGUGUCUUCCAGCAUGUAAUCGUUCAGCCUGGACAUCUAAUACAGAUCCCGAAAGCUCAACCUCCUAGAGAAGAAAAUUCAAAAAAUAAUGGAGUCCUAUAUGGCAGCCAUGAUGUUCCUUCCGCAUACCAGCCCCAUCCCCCAUCAUUACUGAAUAAUGCAGUGCGCAACUGGAAAAAAGCUUUCUCCUGGCAAACAACAGUUUUGGAUCAAUCAGAGGUGAGUCCUCCACCAUCUGCUCUCAGUCCACCAUUAAGUGCACCACCGAUUCCAAUAAGUAUCAAUACAUCCGGCGAGGAUGGCUCAGCACCAGGUGCAGAUCAAAUUACUCCUGCUGAAGAAGAAGAUGAUGAUGUUUUUGAACCAGAACCGACAACACCCGCAGAGAUCGAAAUUAAUACUAAUAAAAGGCGUAGUCAAUCCCUUAGUGCUUUGCAUUCCAAGGAGCCACAGAGUCCACUAAAGACAAAGGAUAGAAUACGUCGACCAAUGAACGCAUUUAUGAUAUUUUCGAAACGGCAUCGCGCAGUUGUGCACCAAAGACAUCCGAAUCAAGAUAAUCGCACUGUAUCUAAGAUUUUGGGAGAAUGGUGGUAUGCUCUGGGCCCUGAAGAGAAACAAAAGUAUCAUGAUCUUGCGUCUGAAGUUAAGGAGGCACAUUUCAAAGCACACCCAGAUUGGAAAUGGUGUAGCAAGGAUAGAAGAAAAUCGUCCACUACAAGCUUUAAGGGUAGCGACUCUAGAGGAAAAUUAAAUAGUACUGGAGAAGAAACAGAUAUGGGACCACCGACGGAAGAUGUACCUUUAACGCCAAGAGGAACAGACGAGGUGUCUGUUCCGGUUACGACGGUAUAUACAGAAACUCCUACUAUUGAGAUUAUUAAUCAGACACAUGCACCACAUCGUAUUUUGGACAUACCUUUACAAAUUGAUACUACCGAACCUGAAUCGAAACAAGACGAAGACGCUAAUGGAUCAGACGAUGAUCAAAUGGUUAUUUGCGAAGAUCCUCAACCAGAAAUAGAUUUGAAAUGUAAAGAUAAAUUGACUGAUAGUGACAAUGAUGCACAAGAGGAAGAUAUGGACAAAAAAUCUUUUAAUCAAUCGCAAUUUUCACCUGUUAGUGGGCAAAAAAGAGAUGGAGUGAAUGUCAAACAGGAAAUAACUUGUAGACCUAAACCUAUAAAAGCACGAAUACCAUCAACAAGUAUAGAAACCACAACCAAGUAUCAUCAUACUUCCAUUGAUAAAGGUGGCACAGUAUCAGUUUUAUCAAGCACUUAUCCUUAUCAUAGUCCGAUAAAUCCAACAGGAGUAUCAGGAUUUCAACCUACGGGUGGUGCAUUUAUAACCAUGCCAGUGUCACCGAAAGUUAUAAAACCGGAACCAGUGAAAAAUGAACAACAAUAUAGUACUCAAUAUAGCAUGAGUAGUCUAGUAGCGAACAUUCAUACUGACAAUGGAAGAAACAUACCUAAAUUUACAGCUGCUCCUGUGCUACAUUCAAUUGGAACGAAACCUAUGAUGGCUCUGUUAAAACAACAGCAGCCGUUGCAGUCUUUAGCCACUACCGCUCAUCCCCUUACUUCUGCUGUCCCUUCUCAACCACCGUUCACUCUUACAUUGCUUGAUAACAAUUUGGUGGCUAUUUCCAAACCACAGCAGGGACCGCAGUACCUUGGCCCUACAACACCGCAUCCCCGGAUGUAUUGCGGCUUCAAUAUACCUAUCUCCGAUGCUGGAAGCCGCAAUAUAUCUUCGCAAAAUUUGAUCUCCGGUACCAAGGUUGAAGCACAAAGUGUUAUCGUGAGCAAACAUUAUCCAGUUUCUACAAAUUCUACAACAUCGCCUUAUAGAGGAAUCAGUCAUUCUAUCGCACGUUUAGCAGAAUCUGAUAAAAAUGAUACCCAAACAGCGUCGAAUCAUGCUCAAUUUUAUGGGAGCAAUAUAAAAAGUGAGCAAGAUAGGAAAGAUACAGGCAACGUUCUUCUAACAUCUUCAAAUGAUAAACUUAAACAACCACUUACACCACAUACACCGCAUACGCCUCAUAGCAGUCACAUUAAUAAUGAACAUUCAUCAAAUAAAUCAUAUUCUGUAGAUGAAGAUCCAAAUAGCGAUAUAGGAUCAAAUAAAGGUCCUUUUAUGCUAGCACCGACACCAGCUCAACUUGGAAGAGCACCAUUGCAAAGAAGACAAUUAAUGGCAAUGCCCUCCACAACAACCACAGGAGAACAUGGACUUUCAGUGUCUCAACAACGUUCUGACCAAAGUCGACCACAGGGAAAUACUUCUCAAUCUUCCGAAUCGAUGCAACAACAAAAUAUAUCGGAGUCUCGUACAUCCCCAUCCCCUUCAACUAAAAAAGGCUCCUUCUUCAAAAAGAAUGUCGAAGAUGGUAUGGAUAGGGUUCUUGAACAAGUAAAUUUUCAAGAGAAAUUUUCAUCGUUACCAGAAUUUAAACCGGAAGAUAUACAGAGCCCAAGUGCAAUCACUAUAAAUACUCCAGGUUCUUCUGGUCAUAGCACUGUUACUUCCGGAUUACACUCAUCAAAUUUACAAGCAUCGAUGCAAGGUUAUCGGAAGAAAUCUCAAGGACCUCAUAGAAGUAACUUAAACGAAGAUGAUAUUGAUUCUGAUGCGUCAGUGUCCGCUACGCCGAAAUCAACUUCGAGUGUCAAAUUGACGGGAACUACAUUCUUUGGUCCAGAUUUUAAUAUCGACGCAUAUAGACUUAAUACAGAUAUAGCAGGAGAAGUAGAAGAUACUUCUCCGCGGACACCAAAAACGCCUGUAGGAGGUGUAGGAAAUGCAGUAGGGAUUGGUAGAAAUGAAAAUGAACGUGGUCAUAGGAGAAUGUUGGAACAACGGAGACAUCUUGUGAUGCAAUUAUUUCGGGAACAUGGAUAUUUCCCUUCAACACAUGCUACCUCUACGUUUCAAGCAAAACAUUCUGAUAUAUUUCCUAACAAGACGAGUUUACAAUUGAAAAUUAGAGAGGUCAGACAAAAAUUAAAAGCUAAUUCAACUCCGAUGAGCGCUAACAGUUUAGUUAGCCCGCUGCCUGUUUCUGAAUCCUCGCCUAAUGUGACUGGACCAUUGACUGCUCCUCCUACGUCGAUGGGAGCACCACAUUCACUGCCUGUAAGCAGUAGUGGUAGCUAGCGCCCACGUGCCAACUGUGAUACUGUGCAUCCCAUUACUCCACAACACGAGUAUAUCAUUAUACUUUGAAAAUGAAAGCGAUGGCUUGAUAAAAUCGCUAUUAUGCCAUUUCUUCGGAAUAUGUAAAAUACAGCAAGGCUUUAGUGCAAUUAGAACCUUUGUGUAAUCUGGUGAAAAUAAGAUGUAGAUGAAAACAUGACGAAAGGCGACAAGGCGUGUUAAUAUCCAGGCAUCGGUAAUAUUUUUAUGUUGUAUAUAAUAUUGAACUACUAUCGACCGCUUUUUAAAGUCAUAUCAGUUAACUUAUUAUAUUAAUGUUUUCAAAUAUAUUCAUUUUUAUCGAAUACGAAAUGCCGAAUCAGAUAUUUGUACAACAGAUGAAUUACAAUAGGUUACUGAUUACAAUAUUUAUGACUAAAUUAGGUGUUAAAGAUUUAAUUAUUAUUAAAGAUUUAAUAUACUUCUUACUGUUGUGAAAGAAGAUAAUCAGUUUAUUUGUAAUCGUAAUUUAAAGUACUUUUUAAUCCUCUUUGUUACUUAAUUUUUGUAACAAAAAAAAAAAGAUAUGAAAUUCUCCCCAAAUACAUUGCCAAU